AUGCCCUCAAUACUUCGGACUGCCACCGCAGCAUUGCUGCUUGCUGCUUCAUCCCUCGCACUCGUGGCUCGCAGCCCUCAACACUUAGACCUCAGAGAGCUCGGACUACCGGAAAGGCGGGCGGAUCCAAGUUUGACCGGUUACCUCGGCGCCUUCUUCCUCGGUGAUGAGCCCGACGUCUACUUCUACCUCAGCAAUGGGAAUGACGCAAUCUCAUUUAAGGCGCUGAAUGGCGGCAAAGCAGUGCUUGUGCCCAGCGUAGGAACUGGCGGCGUACGAGAUCCGGCGAUAGUUACUGGCGGUGGGGCUGAGGCCGGCAAGAAGUGGUAUAUCGUUGGUACGGAUCUGGAUAUCGCCAAGACGACAUGGGACGCAUCGCAGAGGACUGGUUCACGGGGCAUAUUUGUGUGGGAGAGCACCGACCUGAUCAACUGGACGAACGAGAGGCUCGUCCAGGUCGAGGACAAGACUGCCGGCAUGGUAUGGGCCCCGGAGGCACUCUGGGAUGCCAACAAGGGCCAGUACUUGGUCCACUGGGCUUCUAAGUUUUAUGCGGCGUCCGACACAAGCCACACCGGCACGGCAUCCAACAUCAAGAUCCGCUUCGCCUACACCAGCGACUUCAAGACGUUCAGCACACCAGCAACCUACAUCGACUACGCACCCACAAACAUAAUCGACCUGGACAUCCUGCCAUACGGCAGCAGCGACAAGAACGCCUACCUCCGGUUCCUCAAGGACGAGACCCUAAAGAACGUCUUCGUGGAGUACUCGACGACGGGCCUGAAUGGGACCUGGGCGCGCCCCGGCGGUAGCGGCGCCUACAUCCGCUCGCAGACCGAGGGUCCCGCCUCCUACUGGGACAACAAGGUCGCCGGCCAGGUCAACCUGCUGGUCGACUACUACGGCGGCAACGGUUACCAGCCACUCGUCACGACGAAUCCAAGGAGCAACAGCGGCUGGUCCAACAGCAGCACGGCCAACUUCCCCAGCGGGCUAAGGCACGGCGCCGUGCUGCCUAUUACCGCGGCGCAGUAUAGUGCUCUAAGCGCUGCGAAGUGGUCGUAA